AUGGCUGGAAGUGAUUUCAAGUUGUCGGCUCAACUAGUCGGACACGACUCUGAUGUCCGAGAUGUGGUCUUCCCUUCUCCAGACCUAGUCAUCUCAGCCUCCCGAGACUGUACUGUUCGUGUCUGGCGCCGAACCCAGAACUCCACGCCCCCGUUCGAAGCCUCUCUAAUCCGACAUGGAUCCGAAUACAUCAACUCAUUGGCUUACUUCCCGCCAAGCAAAGAGUAUCCCGAAGGCCUCGUUGUUUCCGGCGGGAAAGACCCGGUCAUUGAGGUGAAAGCACCAAAUCAAGCACACACAGACAACGCCGAGCGCCUUCUCAUCGGACACUCGAAUAACGUGGGCACCCUUGAGGUUUCCCCCAACGGCACACACCUGAUAUCUGGCGGAUGGGAUGGGCAGGCACGAGUCUGGAAUCUAGGAAACUGGGACACAGAGUUUCUGUUGGAUGGCCAUGAUAAGUCUGUGCUCAGUGUUCUCGCAAUAGACGACAAAACUAUUGCCACUGCGUCUGCCGAUCAGAACAUCCGUAUUUUCAAUCUUGGGCAAGCCACAGGCGGUGAGGUCAGCCCUCAAGCUACGAUCUACACUCCUGAAAUCGUCCGAGCGCUCUGUAGGGUACCAGAUAACCAUCCCAGUGGGGCUCGUAUCGCAAGCGCCAGCAAUGAUGGGAUUAUCAGACUGUGGAAAUUGGAUGGCCAAGCCGUUGCCGAGUUGCAUGGACACGAGAGCUUCGUCUACUCCCUCGCAGCUCUGCCGAGUGGCGAGCUGGUAAGCGCAGGUGAAGAUCGUACUGUGAGGGUGUGGAGGGGGAGUGAGUGUAUUCAGACGAUAACGCAUCCCGCCAUAUCCGUAUGGACCGUUGCAGUAAACCAGGAAACGGGUGAUAUUGUGACAGGCGCCAGCGAUGCCGUGGCACGUGUCUUUACACGAAGCCCUGAUCGUGUUGCUGACGCUGCCACACUCAAGGAGUUUGAAGAUUCUGUGAAAGGAUCUGCUAUCCCGCAACAGCAAGUUGGCGGAAUCAACAAAGAGAAAUUGCCUGGUCCCGAAUUCCUGACCACCAAGUCCGGCACUAAAGAAGGCCAAGUGCAGAUGAUCAAGGAGGACAACGGUUCCGUAACUGCGCAUACAUGGUCGGCGAGCCAACAGCAGUGGAUCAAUGUCGGAACUGUGGUGGACGCCGUUGGUAGCAGUGGCAAGAAGGUUGAGUAUAAGGGACAGUCAUAUGACUUUGUCUUUGAUGUCGACAUUGAGGACGGAAAGCCUGCUUUGAAACUGCCCUAUAACCUCUCCGAGAAUCCUUAUGAUAGGGCGACAAAGUUCCUAAAUGACAACGAACUCCCGUUGACGUAUCUGGACAAUGUUGCCAAUUUCAUCACACAGAAUACCCAGGGGGCAACGCUUGGUCCACAGUCGCAGGCUACCGGUCCAGAUCCCUAUGGCACCGAAUCAAGAUACCGCCCUGGCGAAGAGGAGAAGCCCAAGGCAAUUCCCCAAAAAGAAUACCUCAGCAUAUCCGCUGCUAAAUACGAGGCGAUUCUCAACAAAAUCAUUGCUGUCAACAAAACAAUGGUGUCUGCCGGUCGGAAAGAUGCGGCGCUAAAUCCAGGGGAGGAGGCUAUAUUCAAGAGUCUCCGAGAGUCCUUGGAGACGUCCAAGCCUCUGCCUCCCAGGGGGCUCGAGCUUGUUGUCCGUGUUGUUACAAAAUGGACAUACACAGAAAGACUGGCCGGCCUAGACCUGCUUCGCUGUAUGGCCAAGUACCCUACUGUAGCACAGUUCUCGGAUGGUGAGAAUGGAUCCAUCAUUGAUCUGGCGAUAUCGUCGGCUUUGCCUCAGGGCGAAACCCCCAACGAGAAUGCGGUGAUGAUGGGCAUCCGUGUGCUGGUUAACAUUUUUGGAUCCGCUGAUGGCCGCAGCAUCGCAAGUUCUCAAGCCGACACUGUCCUCUCCUUCCUCGAGCGUGUUGCAGGCAUACAAGGGGGCAAUGCGAUCGGCAAACUCAAUCGCAAUGUUCUGAUUGCAGCAUCAACAGCGUCGCUGAACUACGCAGUUCUUGUUGCUCGCGAAAAGCUGCUCACACCAGCCCAGCGUCGACGUCUGCUCAACAUUAUUGGAUCAAACCUCUCUGACCAGUCAGAUGCAGAGGUUCUCUAUCGGGGUCUCAUUUCCCUAGGCACCGUUCUUAUCACAUCGCCAGGAGCUGCCUCUAACUUGGAUGUGGCCGGCUGGGUACAAGGUGCAGUUGACAGGGGCGCCGAAGAGAGACUGAGAGCAGUUGCACAAGAGAUCUCGAAAGUGGUACCAUAA